AUGAAUAUACAAGAGAUGCUUUCUGGCUCUGGGGCUAAAACCCAGACUCACGCACUGGGCGUGAUCAUGGUCACCAUUCAUCACGCAACAGGGCUUUCCAGCCAAGACGCGUCGGGUUCCUCUGAUCCCUACAUCGUGCUUGCGUAUGCGAAGUUUGGAAAGCCAAUCUAUUCUACACGGGUCAUCGGCAAAGAAUUAAAUCCUGUUUUCGAAGAAACGGCCUUCUUGCUGGUUUCCCAGGAUGAGAUUGAAGCAAGGGAAAAGCUUAGUGUUAUGCUGUGGGACUCCGAUGAGAGGUCUGCAGACGACUUGGUCGGACGAGUCCAGCUUCCCGUUUCCGAAAUAAUCAAAAAUCCCAAUCAGCUGAGUCGUCGUACCGAUAGGUUGCAGGGAUUUCAAGACGCGGAUGAUAUGCCGGGCGAGCUGACGUGGUCAGUUGGAUACUUCUCGAAAGUGGAUCUAGCCUCCUACCUCCCAAAGCCUACGGCCGAGUCCAACUCAGAAGCCGGCCCAACCAGUGCGCCAGUGCCAUCAGAAAAGAUGGAGGAUUGUAAAGAUUUGACUACACAAAUCCCUCCCAGCCGCCAGAUGAGAUCUGGUAUCGUGUCGGUUAUCAUUCAUCACAUCAACAACCUGGAACGAGCCAACCUCAAAGGUGCCAGCGGCGAUCGUGAAGGUGCCCAAGGUCAAGACACAGCAGCGCCAAGUGAACAAGAUGACAACCUGCCCAGCAGCUAUGCCGAAAUGAUAAUAAAUGAUGAGAUGAUCUAUCGCACCCGUGUUAAGCAACUUACUACAAUGCCAUUCUUUGAAGCCGGAACGGAAUACUUUAUCCGUGAUUGGACCGAAACCGUCGUCAGGAUAGCUGUUCGAGAUUCCAGGAUUCGUGAAAAGGACCCAUUGUUGGGGGUGAUAAAUAUUGACCUGGAGCAGCUAUUUGAGGACUCUUCUUGCUCGCAGGUUACUCGGAUUUUCUCGCUGCAGGAAGGCGUCGGAUUUGGCAGGGCGCAAGUGUCGGUUUUAUUUGAAUCUGUACAGAUGCAACUCCCACGAAACCUAUUGGGAUGGAACACUGCGACGCUCGAAAUAACUUCGACAAUUCGAGCCGAAUUGUCAGAUGAAUUGGCCGCGUACUUGAAAAAAAAGGGGCAGAAGCUCAAGUUGAAAACUGUUGAAGACACCAUCAAGGUUCCUCUGCUCAACCAACAAGAAAGCCCUACGAGUGUCGUGUGGGCAAACGAGUCUCAGAUCCCAGAUCACGAUCGCACUCUUCUGAGGGUUCCCAUCUACGCGAGGUACAAGUCGAAUGUCACAUUCCAAAUAGGCGGGGAAUCUGUGAUCAGCUCUCUGCUUCCCGGAGAAUCAGGCGCUCACAAGCACAUUGCGGUUCUGUGGCUGCAUACCCUUGAGGAUGAUGUCGAGCAGGAGAUACGCCUGCCAAUUCUGUCCGGCCCCAAUCUGACCACCCUGAGGCAAAAUUUCAUCAAUGACCAAACACGCGCGCAUCACAAUUACGAUGUGAAUGGUUAUUUGACGUUCAAAGUACGCGUGGAUCCUGGGUUGGAUCCCGAGCACGCCAGAUACGCCCAAAGCGCAGUGGCCAGACAUACAUUCGAAGCGUAUGACAACACCGAGGGCCAAGCUGAACAGGCUUUGAGAAACGCUCAUGCGUUGGCUCAUAAGAAGAAUCCCAGUGGCAGCUCCGACAGCGCGGCAAGCACAAACAGCGAUGGCCAUGCAGGAACUUUCAGACUUUCGAGCAUCGUCUCCAACAAAAGCCCCGAAGAGAAGGCAAUCGAAGCCGCUCAUAAGAAAUCACUCUCCUCACGUCAUCGCGGUGCAAUGCAAUACGGGCCAGUCCGAACAAGCAUCUGGAUGAAAGAGGGAAUCGGAAGGCGUGCACGAGAGCUCAAAAACAGAAUCACCAACAAGAUUGAAAAAGAGCCUCAAGUUGAAACCGAAGGAAGAGGCUAG